AUGAAUGGUACAAGUGGUGAUGGAAAGGGCAAAGGCAAGGACUUCAAACGACUUAACGGUCCUCCUCAUGGUGGUGCUAGUGCUGCUGGUUUUGCCUCGAGCCAGGCCCCCAAGGGCAAGGAGAACGUCCACACCGACGGGAGCGUCGAUGUUCAGGAGCAGGCUCCUGCUCAAGCCUCGAGCAGCGGCCGAGGUCGUAAGAGACGUGGCGGCAAGGGCCGAAAGAAGCACUAG